UAAUAUCGCCGAGAAAAUGCGUCUUGUGUCAGCAGUCAUCUUAUUCAAAUCGUAAUGUUUAGGGAGGGGAGUGUGCGGAAUGCACAUUUUCGUUUGAUUGUUUUGUGUCAGUUUUGAGAAAUACCCAGCAUUAUGACAGUAUUACAAAUUUUGACUUAAUCUUUGUCAAUCACUAAAGGGCAGUGACAACUAGUCGAUAUAUUUUACUAGUUGUAUGGAAGCAAUGACAAUUUUGCCACUAUACGCACCCCUGGGGAUUUUCCGACGAGCUGUUGACGUCCGCACAUGCGGUGUUUGCUUUCUGUAGUAGAAUGUAGCUGGGCUGUUGUUGUGCGUUGGCACUGCGGAUUCAUGUGUUUCAACGAUGAGGAUUUGGAGAUUUCGCAGUGGAUCCAAACUACGAAAGUUCCUUAUUGGAUUGGUGUUGUUGACUGUAGUUUCAUGUUGGAUUUUAGUGUAUCAUGCUUCGAACGACUUGAAACCUGUGAAACGAAUCCCUGUUUUCGCAGAGGAGAAAUGCUAUCAGCCGAGAUUUGCAAGCAGUUCAGGAUCGCGAGAAUUUCAAGAAUUAGGGCACAACGCAACGCGCAAAUUGGAGAAAAGAAUCCUAGUUGCAAUUCGACAGACUUCGGUUACUUUCCGAUCAGAAAUAGCUCAUGCGUUGGAGGCGAACCGUCUAUCUCACCAAUUCGUUUACCUCGAAGUUGGCGACAAAACAUUCUUUCCAGAGUUGGCGCACGAAGGAAUCGGACGUUUUUCUGCUGUUAUAUUUGAGAGUAUCAAGUUCUACGUAUCACUGGGGAAAACAAAUAGACAACUUAUUGACCAGUACUGCCGUCAAUUUGCUAUUGGAAUUGUGUUAAUGACAGAACAAGAAAACUACGGGCCUAAUGUCCACACAUUUGAUGAAUUACACUUAGGAAUCAAGACGGGUUUAAGCGACCUCCAAAAUGUCGAACUCAAUCCUUCGGCAUGCCUUUUAAGACUCACUAGAGCGGGUGGGAUUAUUGAAAAACCUCCCAAAGUAAAAUGGAACACGUUUUUUCCUAAUCACAGCACUUAUGAAGCCGUCGAGUUCGCAAUGCAAGAGAUCACAACUACUUCAUUGCGCACGAGUAAACAAAAUCGAGCUUCAGACAAAUUCGAAAACGCUGUGUUUGAAGAGAAGGUCACAUCAACAAAACACAUCAUAGUUAUAACUGACCAAGGACAUCUCGAUGGCAUACGGCGUGUGUACUUUGGAGGUGGUCUGUCUUUUUGGCUGCACAAAUUAUUGUUUAUUGACGCCCUGGCUUUUCUGUCAAGAGGACAAUUUGCUCACUCACUCGAGCGACGAAUUUUAGUCGAUAUUGAUGACAUAUUCGUUGGCAAAACAGGCGCUCGUAUGACGAAAGAAGAUGUGCAGGCGUUGAUCUCUGUACAAAAGAAAAUCCGUGAGAGAGUACCAGGCUUUCACUUCAACCUUGGUUUCUCUGGAGGCCAUUUCUUGGCAGGGAAUGACAAAGAAGAUGAGGGUGAUCGAGACCUGGUCAAGAAUGCUGACAAGUUCUGGUGGUUCAGUCACAUGUGGCUUCAUCAACAGCCGCAUAACAGGAAGACUUUGGAAUUGAUGGUGGACGAUCUCAAGAAGAACUUAGACUUUGCAAAGGAACAUAACAUUCCAGUAAAUACUAGUUAUGCCGUUGCUCCUCACCAUUCUGGGGUUUACCCACCUCACGACAUUCUCUAUGAGGCCUGGAAGAAAGUUUACAACUUGAGAGUGACGUCAACAGAGGAGUACCCUCAUUUGUACCCUGCCAGGUUUCGUAGAGGCUUUGUGUACAAGAAUAUCAAGGUUCUUCCUCGUCAAACAUGUGGUCUUUAUACUCACACUCUGUACCUCAAAGAGUAUCCUAAAGGAGAGAAGUGGUUACAAGACACCAUCCACGGGGGUCAGCUUUUCCAAGUUGUUGUUGACAAUCCUAUCUCCAUCUUUAUGACACACCUCUCAAACUAUGGCUCUGAUCGCUUAGCGUUACUUGUGUUUGACAGCUUGAUCAAGUACCUUCAGUGCUGGACCAAUCUGAAAUUGAGCACUGAGCACCCUACAGCCCUCGCUGAGAGGUACUUUGCAAUGUUCCCAGGCGACAUAGAACCGGUUUGGCAGAAUCCUUGUUUGGAUCCACGACACAAGGAAAUCUGGUCAUUGGGAAAGAACUGCAAUAAGCUGCCAUCAUUUCUUGUAGUUGGUCCUCAAAAGACAGGUACAACGGCUUUGUACACAUUCUUGAAGAUGCAUCCAGAUAUCAUGAGCAAUGAACAGAGUGUUAGCACCUAUGAAGAGGUCCAGUUCUUCAAUGGGCACAAUUACAUCAGGGGUUUGGACUGGUACAUGGAUUUCUUUCCUGAUGUGAGUAACUACAGCGACAUGGUCUUGUUUGAGAAGAGUGCUAACUACUUUGACGCCAGAAAGACGCCGAUGAGAGCUCAUGCUCUGCUGCCAGAAGCCAAAAUCAUCACAAUCUUGUUAAACCCGAUGAAGAGAGCGUAUUCGUGGUAUCAGCAUAUGAAGAGUCAUGGUGUUCCUGCUGCCCUGAACCCAUUCUACAAAGUUUUGACAAGUGCCAACUCCCCAGAAGAUAAAGAUAUUAAAGGCCUUGGCCAGCGAUGUUUGUUACCUGGAUUAUAUGCACAACAUUUGGAGAGAUGGUUGAUGUAUUACCCUUCCUCCAAGAUUCUUAUUCUUGACGGUGAGAAGCUGAGGACAGAUCCCGCUGCAGUGAUGCUGGAGGUGCAGAAAUUCCUUGGUGUCAAUGUUUAUGACUAUAACAAGAGAUUAAGAUUUGACAAGCGCAAAGGAUUUUAUUGUCAAGUCACAUCUCAAGGUGGUACCCAGUGCCUUGGCAAGGGCAAAGGGCGGCAUUACACACCCAUGGAUAAAAAGUCUCAAAAAUUCUUGGAAGACUACUACAAGGAACCAAACAAAAAUCUUGUGGAUUUACUGCAACAGUUAAAUAAGCCUUUACCAGACUGGCUUAAGCUGAGUAGAUGAUCAAUGUAGGAAAUUAAUAUGAAAGACAUGUGUUGUGUCAUGUAAGCAGAAAAUGCAAAAAUUAAUUCAAGAUAUAACAUUUCAAUGUUUUCUGACCUAUUUUUCAAGUCAAGAGAAGUGUAAAAGCAAAACCAAACUCUAAACUGAAUUCUUCAAACAAGAAAUUUUAAUACAUAAUUUUAUUUAUAACAUGAUUAUCUGCAGGUAUCAACCACCCAAAUUCCCUUAUACCAAAAAUAUGCAAUUUCAGUGUCAAAUAUUAUAUCAUUUAACAGUGUUCAGAGUCCGGUUGAAUGUCACUGAAAUAUCUGCUAAUGUCUUGGACAUUUCACAAUUUAUCUUUCUUGCUUUGCUCUUGCCCAGGGGGGAGGGGACUCCCCUAUAACAGGGACGGGGGCGUUCAUGAGUCAGAAAUUUUGAAAAGACCCCCUAAGAGGUAUCAAGACUCUGUUUUGUGGGCGUGGCUUGAAAUGUUUUUCACCCCUAAGAGGUACCAAUUCUAAAACAACAUAUUACCUGUCAUUUUUGUGGCUCAAUACUGUAAAAGGUACUGCAAAAGCUCCAGUUGUGGACCUUUUGAGGCUGAAUACCCCAAGAGGUACCAAAACUACUUUUUUUACCUCUAAAAUGUACGACAAGCACCCCAUCCUUUUUAUGUGUAAGUCUCCCCUGGGCUCUUGCUCUGGACUUGAAUGUAAAGUUGUAAAGUUGGCAUUCGAAUAUUUUCUUGCUUUAAUUUUUGUAUUAUCUUUACACUUUAAUGAAUAUUAUAAUGAUUAGGUUUACAAUAUAUUACAGACAACGAUUUUCUAUUGUAUAGGGUUUUUGUCCAAGGAAAAUAGUGUAUAGAGUUCAAUAAUAAUUGUAUUGUAUAUUAUAUUAAACUUAUUGUAAUUCUAUUAUAUAUGCAUGCAUAUGAAUAUUGUUAGAUAUCUUAUCACGUUUAGACAGUUGUUCAUCUUACUCCGAUAAUGAAAGGUUUCUUACACUGACAACGUGUUCCUGACUUCAAAAACAAUGUUUUAUUUUUGUUUCAUUCCCUUUUUCAAGACAUCUUACAGGCAAGUUAUUUUUUAAAAUUUAUUUAUUGCAUGACCCAUGUAUUGCAUGAACAAUUAUUACAGAGAGUACCUCUAUAUUUGAGAAGUUUAAUGUUUUGUGACAAUUAUUAUGGUAACUAUUUUACAGCAUUUCAUUGUUAAUCUACAGCGGGCUAAUGGGAAAAAGAUGAGCCAAUUACAUGGAAAACUGACGAGUAAAAUAAAACCGUUUUAUUAUAAGACUGAAAAAAGUACUUCAUUGUGAUUUGCUGGGAGCAGGCCAAUUUAUUGUUAAUUCUUAAUUUGCACUGCAGUCCAAAUUAAUGUGCAUGUGUUCACAAUGUUCUCUUUCAUAUAAUAAAUGAGUAAUCUUAUGAAAGCUUGAGCAAUUAAGGAUUUGAAAAUUUCUUUCAAAUAUCACUUGUA